AUGAAGUACAGUCUCAUUGUAAUCAUCUUCGCUAUUGUCUUUCGUGAAAGACACGUUGCAAGCCUCCCCUACGCUUAUCCUGCUUUCUCUACAAACAUGUUAGCGGUCCCCUAUGUUCACCCCGUAGCACCUAUAAUGCACGCUGUUCCUGCUUACCAUCCGCACAUCGCUUAUCGCCCCUAUCAUGAGCUGCAAAAUGUUGCUGGAGCAGUAAAGAAAGAAUUAAAUCUGCUUACUGAUGUUGCCGUACGUUUCCCGAUAAGAAGAAGUUGA